GACAUGAUGUGCCGCUGCCUCGAACGCUGCGCUACACGUGGUAGAUUUAUCGCAGAGCUUCAACCCACAACCAACCGACCAUCCUAGACACGAGUUGUCCUCCACGCCAUCCACAUUGGCGACGGGUGCGCCGAAAGGGGCUUCCGGCCGACUCACACAGUGACGCAGCCCAGCAUCGCCAGCCCUGACUCGACGCUGUCUUGCUCGCCGCCAGCCGGGCACGAGGCGGGGACCCUGCGCGCCGUUGAGCCCGCAGCCACGGUGCACGCCGAAGAGUGUGGUGGCGGACCGCAAGGUUCUCGAGGCAUUCCAGGUUGGCGUGACACUGGAACCCGGCUCUCCUCGCCCCUUGGCUCGACGACCUCCCGCGCGCGCGUGCGUGGACGAGCAGCAGGGACGCAGUCGUCUGCCAGCGCGACUCGGAGACAACGACGCUGCCAUCCAUGAGCCAAUCACAACAGCAGUCCCUGGCGCGACGGCCGGUGGGAGCUGCGCCUGGCGGUGCCCCUGGGGGUGGAGGUGCUCACGGGGGCGCCGCGUUCCAGUACAGUGGCGCCGGCGCCGGCGGCGGUGGUGCUGGUGCCAGUGCAGGUGGCAGCGCUGCGGCUGCUGGCCCUCCUCACCUCCCUGCUGCUGCAUCUGCUCUCGGCGUCUCAGCCGCCCCGGCGUCAGUCGUUCCAGCUGGCGUUAGCGCGGCGACGACGGUGGCUGCUGUUGCAACGCCCGCUGACGGGGGCAGGCAGGACGAGCUGCACAUGUCUGCGGCACCCGCGAACAGCACCACCACCACGGCGUCCAGCCCCCACGCCGGCCAACCGCAGCAUCAGAUGGCAUCGUCGUCGGCCUCGUCGCGCGACUACGCGCCGCACAUCAAGCUUGACCAGCCUCCCGCGCCUGCCAGCGCCUACGGCCAGCACCACCACCACUCGCAGAGCCCCGCGAGCUUCUCCGUGCCCAACAUCCUCCAGCCUGGCGGCAUGUCGCGCCAACCCGCAAUGUCGCCCAAUGCGGCGCCCACCAUGCACGGCUCCCUGCCUCCGCCCUCGGCCGCCGCGCCCGCGUCGUCGUCCUCGCAGCCAGUCUCCUCGCACGACUACCACCAGCAGGCUCCAUCGAAGCCAUCCCUAGUCAUGCCGCACUCUCACUCCUACUCCCGCUCCAGCCCAGCCGCGGCCGCCUACGACACGCCGCCGUCUGCCUCGUACCAUGCCUACACGCCCACCACGCCUGGUGGCUCCUCAUCGCAGUUCAUGUCCCCCGGCGACGCUGCGAAAUACAAUGCCCCGGGCUCUCAGCGCAACUUCUCCAACACGCCGCUUGGUCUCGCCGACAUCCGGCCACGCGCCGAUUCGAGCAUGUCGGACGGCGGCCCCGGGUCUAUGGGCCAUGACCUGGUCAACGCCCAGCCCGGGCCCAGCAACUAUCUGGCUCCCUGGGCCGUAUAUGCCUUCGACUGGUGCAAGUGGCGGCCCCAGGGCAAUGGCGCCGGCAAGCUUGCCGUCGGCAGCUACCUCGAGGACGGCCACAACUUUAUUCAGAUCCUCGACAGCCAGGUUGUUCAAGCUCCGCCGGAGGUAUACACACCGGGCGCGUCCAAGUAUAGUCUCGAGUUCAACAAGGUGGCUGAGGCGACGCAUUCGUAUCCCGUCACCCGUCUUCUAUGGGAGCCCCCUUCCUCCCAAAAGCAAUCCACUGACCUCCUUGCCACCUCUGGCGAUCAUCUCCGGCUGUGGUCACUACCUUCAGAGACUCCAGCAAAUCCGGGCAACAACAUCACCCGCGCGUCGCGGGACGCCGCAAUCACCAAGCUGACUCCCCUCGCUCUGCUCUCCAACUCCAAGACACCAGACCACACUGCUCCACUCACAUCUCUCGACUGGAACACGGUCUCGCCGAGCUUGAUCAUUACGUCCAGCAUCGACACGACCUGCACCAUCUGGGAUAUCCCUUCACUUACAGCCAAGACGCAGCUCAUCGCGCACGACAAGGAGGUUUACGACGUGCGUUUCUGCGCAAACAGUGUCGAUGUGUUCGUCAGCUGCGGUCAGGAUGGCAGUGUCCGGAUGUUUGACUUGCGCAGCUUGGAGCACUCAACCAUCAUCUACGAGCCCACUGGCAAGGAGGACAGAGAGAACGCCGGACGGGUAAGCCCGACGACAGCACAGCAGUCCAUGACGACGCCUCCGCCAUUGCUACGCCUGGCCACGUCCCCUCACGAUACCCAUCUAUUGGCGACGUUUGCGCAGGACUCCAAUAUCAUUCGCAUCCUGGAUGUCAGACAGCCUGGCCAAGCGCUCCUCGAGCUGCGUGGGCAUACAAAUUCCAUCAACUGCCUCGAGUGGUCACCGCUGCGACGAGGCACGCUUGCGUCUGGAGGCGACGAUUGCCAGGUUCUGAUAUGGGACCUCUUAUCGUCGAACUCAUCGGUGGGCGGCCCGCCCGUGAAUGGGACGCCGCAGCAAGACAACCAUCGCAACCCGGUUGCCUGCUGGGACUGCGAGUAUGAAGUUGGCAACCUCGGCUGGGUACCACAACUUCCAAAUGCUGAUUACGGUGAGUGGCUCGGCGUAAGCGCCGGGCGCGGAGUCUGGGCUACGCGGUUGAUGUGACGUAUCGCGUGAGGCCGUUCACGGUGGGUGGCUAGACUGUCAUGAACAGCGGUCGGUCGGGCAGGACCAGCAUCUUCGCGUGGUUUUGUCACAGAACACGAGUGCGCGUCGGCUGGAGGACCCUGGAGAUGUUGCGGCAGCGUGCAUGUUGAAACAUCAGGAUCGUUGGCGGUAGCCCUGCGCGCGGCCUUUGGACUGGCGAAUGCUGGUCGGAGGGUAGCAAAGCCGCCGGUGCUGCUCGUCUCUACUCUGGCCGACGUUGAUGGGCGUGGUUAUGGUGUCAAUUGCAUGCACGAGAGAGGUGAAUAUUCCGAGGCAACGGCAAUUGUAUGGUGCAUCCUUGCGCCAGCUUAGCAUACGACUCAAAAAUAGAACAUGAC